AAAGCAGAUGGCAAGAAGUAAAAGAGCAAAUGUUGCAAACAUACAUAAAAUAUAAAAACACAUUGUAUGCAAAUAUAGUGGAUGACGGUGACAGCUUUGAGAAAGGCUUGUCAUGUAACCUAUCUCCACGUCCUGUAGAUUAUUGGUUCAACACCGUUGAUUACCCACAAAUUGCAGCAGAUACGUUUGGUCGUGUUAUCGCAGUCUUUUCGAAAGCGUCUAUUAAUGGCGCAAUUCGCACAAGCAGUAAAUUGUUUGUACAGUUUGCCACAGCCAUCUUUACCUUGUACAGGCUGCAACAACCAAGACUGGAAGGCUAGCAAAACUUCCUAUACUAAAAAUCAAUCCUUUCAUAAAGCAGUUAUAAAAAAAUUCCCAACAGUAUGCCCUAUAGAUUUCUUCAUUAUGUAUUAAAAAUAAAGUAAAGCUACUCUACUAAACAG